AUGGAUCUCUCCACCUCUUAUCCACCAGAGCUCUCUCCAGAGCAGAAACAACAUUUAGUUGCUACGAUAAAGGACUGGUGUAUACACCACAGCCUUACCGUUAGACCUCCUCCGGCGUUUAUACAGGGUGUGGCAGAUCCCCAGGGAGUGCUGGCGACCAAUGCCCCAGUGACCCUUUUCCCAAGCCUGUUUCCCCGGCCAUGCUACGAGUCUGCAGUGUCGGUUCAGACAACAUAUAAUCAGCUAUAUGCCUCAAUAACUGGAAAUGUAGAAUGGCUGGGCGGGGUAAUCGAGGAACUCGUCGACGUAGAUGACUUCGUUUCUGGCCUCUGGAAAGUUCACUUAGCAGUCAAAAGUGAAGGAUAUGUACAACCUCUCUCACUCGGCUUGUUUCGAUCAGACUACAUGGUUUAUGGUUCCUCUGGCUCCUUCAAGGAAGCACAGUUAAAACAAGUUGAAUUCAACACAAUUGCAGCAUCAUUUGGAGGGCUUUCAAGCCUGGUAUCUCAAUUGCAUACUUCUCUUUUGUCCUCACCAACCGGAGAGUCCAUAGUAUACCCCUCGCAUCCCGCUUUUAAGGGGAACCUGCCUCCAGAAAAUUCUGCAGUCCCUACUCUUGCUGGAGGCCUUGCUGCUGCGCACAAGGCAUAUGGUCCUUCAAAGUCUUCGCCAAACCCACUACCGCUAUGCAUCCUGUUUAUAGUUCAGGCUGGAGAAAGGAACCUCUUCGAUCAGAUGGAGCUCGCGACCUGUCUCACUCAGUCACACAAUAUUCCCGUCUUCCGGGUCACAAGCGAUGAGAUUCUAGAAUUGACAUCCAUACCUGAAUCAAACCCUGCCCGCCCUAUCAUAUAUACCCCACGCUAUUCCCCCUCUACCCAGUUCGAGGCUACCACGAUCUAUCUCCGGGCGCUAUAUGGGCCCCAGGACUACCCAGAUGACACUGCCUGGAAAGCGCGAACACAUAUAGAGCGCUCAGCUGCCAUCAAAUGUCCAACGGUCCUCAACCAAUUAUCAGGCUGCAAGAAGGUGCAACAAAUUUUGGCCACGGAAACCGGAGGACCUGAAAUGGAUUAUCUCACUCGUUUCCUGCCCGACACCGAACCCGCCUUACUAGAGAAAAUACGCGCUACCUUUGCCCCUCAGUAUGAUCUCGCUGAAGGGGGUCGUGGGCGGGAACUCGCAUUGAACCCUGAAACAGCUGUAUAUCACGUUCUUAAACCUCAACGCGAAGGAGGUGGUAACAACGUAUAUCGUGACGCGAUACCUCCUUUUCUCAAGUCACUACCGGAAAAAGACUGGAAAGGCUGGAUACUCAUGGAGCUCAUACAGCCUCCCCCAGCUAAGAAUGUGGCCCUCCGUAGCGAUGGCCAGGUCCUUAGCGGCGAUGUGAUAGGAGAGUUGGGCAUGUAUGGUACAAUUUUAUGGGCCGAUGAUGGGCGGGUAUUGCACAAUAAGCAAGGCGGCUGGCUAAUGAGAACUAAGGCUAAAGACAGUGAUGAGGGUGGGGUGGCUGCCGGGUUCUCUUCCUUAGAUAGCAUACUACUUGUUUAA